AUUGAAACCUCCUCUCUAACUUCCCUUAUUUACUAUAUAAGUAUUCAGUAUUCAGACAUAAUAGCUGUGUCCUGUCUGUAUUGAGCAUUGAACACGUUGACACAGAGAUGACAGUAUCACCUUUUCUCCUGGCGUCCCUUCUGCUCUGUUCAGGCAUUUCAGAUGUUCAGAUGGGAAUGUCUCAGCACUUUGAUCAUCCGAAUCCUGUGAAGGAGCUGGAGUUCAGUUAUCGUGACAGUGCAACUGAGAACAAACAGAUUAUAAAAUGUAAUGCUUGUAAGACCAUCCUUAGAACAGUGAUAAAAUAUAUUGGAAAAACAGCCUCUAAGGAGGAGGUAAAUCGGCAGCUUGAUAAAGUUUGUAAAACAAUAAAAAUUAGAGGUUGUGCAAGAUUAUUGCAGAAAUUUAAAAACAAAAUCAUCAGUGAGCUGCUCUCUGGAGACAAAGCAAGUACCAUCUGUAUCAAUAUAAAAAUGUGCAGACGUAUGUACAUGCAAACAAUACAGUAAUGUGAAUGCUUCAAGCAUAAAAUUGUACUGUCCUUUAUGGUAUCACAUUGUUACAUAUGAUUGGAGUAAGUGGAGAACAAUUUCUAAAUGCUUAAAUAUGCUUUUCAUGACAAUAAAGUUACAGUUGUCAGUUGUA